GUCGCUCGAUUAGUUCGCCGCGUGCUUUUGUCCGGUUGACAGUGUGUCGUGAUUCGGUGCUCCUCCGACGAACGGACGGACGGUUCUGGUUGUCUAAAGGGCGCUUACAUUGAUUGCCCAAAUCAAGACUAGUUGUACACGGUGAGGUCACGACGAAGCUUGUGGAACGUAAGCUAGGUGUGUUGUGUGCUCUUGCGGAGAACAGCGAGCUGUGUUCCAGCACUAAUACACUAUAGGCCCAGUGAAACCUUUUUUUUUUUUGUUGCUACAAUUCCUGUUUCUUCGCGUUCGAUUCGUUCUUCCGCGGCUGCAUUGUAGCCGUCUCUCCGCACACACCGCUGCUGCUGCAGUCGUGUUGGCGUUUUGCUGCAUCAGCAGAGCGCGGACGAAGGAGCCAAAAGUGGAGUUGAAGUUUCGUCGUAAAUACGGCAGAUACCGAGUGUGUAGAGAGAAUGAACAUAAUUCAAUAAUUGAUUGAAUAAUAUAUAAAAUUUGAUUAGAUUUGCAGGCCGCGCGACUCGUUGUGCGGAGGCCACGGACUUCAAGUGUUUGUUUGGACCGGAGCUUAAUGAAAUGAAGGCCACAAAUCUUGGUGUCUCGUGUGGGAAUUAGAAUAAGUUCAAUCUGAGUUCGCGAUUCCGUGCCCUGUUGUGGCGCACCUGUGCGCGCCUGUGUUUGUGCGACCAGAGAUGUACACGGGAGUGAGUAGUUUUGUGCUGUAGAUAAAUGUGGUUCGGACUUUGGCUGGCAUAAAUCGUAUCGUGCAACGCGCGAUUCGCCCAGAACCGGUGUGUGUGCUGCUGCAUCUAUCAACCAACAACGUCGUCGUCGUCAUCACAGUCGUUGUCAGGCAUCGGCAACAAUAGGCACCAGCAACAGAUCCAUCCCGCGCCUCUCGCAUAAUCAAUGCAAAAAGUGUGCUCGACCCAUAUAUCUGAAAUUCACGAGUGUUUCGAUCAAUUAAAUUUCUCCGGCGAAUGAAAUUGUACACUCACAUGCAACAGUCGGAGAAGUGUGCGAUCCAGAAAAAAAGUAUGUUCGCGUGAAAUUCGGUCCGCUGCGCCCGGAAGAAAGUAGCGUAGAGUGGAGUAGAAGAAUUAAAUUUGAUUAAAUUGAUUGAAAAUUCGUUCGCAGUUAAUUCGAGCAGGCUUGUGCCUGGGUGUUGUGUUUUUAUUUUUAUUUUGUGUUCCUGUGAAGAAAGAAUAGCAGCGAUUGUGCAGAAACCAUCGCAACGUGUUUUGUGUUCAUGAUUAAGCUGUGUGAGUGUGAGCGAAACGAAGCAGAAAGAAGAGGAGAAGUUUGAUGAGCCGGAUCGUGUGUUCGGUUUAGGCUCGAAAAUAAAAAAAAAUAUUGUCAGCGUGAAGUUGUGAAAAUCGUUCAUUUGCAGUGGAAAACAGGUUUGAAGAGCGAAAAUUAAUAAGUAUCUGAAAGAAAACCGUUCUCUACAAGAAGAAAAAUAAAAAUAAAAGGGAUUACUCUGUGCACCGGCAUCAAUCAGCUGUCGCUGGCAAAAACAAAUUAAGUUCAACGCUGCGUUGGAUUAGCCCGCACACACACACGCAGUCGAAGUCGUGUGCCGUCGCAUCACCUAUAGAACAGGCAACUCACAACUUCUGGGUGCUGCGCGUGAGUGUGGGUCUGCACGACCGCCCUUCCAUCCUGCGUUCUAUUUUGAAGGUACCCACCGAAUUCAAUUCAACUUCAUCCCCUGAAUCAGCCUUCCAAAGACUCGCAACGGUUCCCGGUAAAACUUUAACAAAAGAUGCUCCGGAGGCCUAACAUGAGCUAACGCUAGCCGAAGAUGGUCCCAGGAGAGGGUGGAGGGUCACGAGCGCGGUUACUCACAACAGUCGUCCUGAUCCUGGUGCAGGUAGCAGUCCGCGCUCUCGACAACCCCACUCAGGCACAGCACAAUGCUGAUUCCAGCCUAUCGGAGCAGCAGCAAGAUGACGAGCGAACGUCGGGAUCGAAAUACGCGUUCCAGUUUGCCCACCCCGUUUACAACGUAUCGAUCCCGGAGAACAGCGUCGGUAAGACGUACGCGGUUCAACCACCCAACGAAGACCGCAUGGGAAUCUACGUGACCCCCGAACUGGAAGUCAAGUACAAAAUUGUCAGCGGCGAUAAGGAUAAAUUUUUCAAAGCUGAAGAGCGGCUGGUGGGUGAUUUUGCCUUUCUCGCGAUCCGAUUGCGUACCAGUAAUGUAGUGCUGAACCGGGAGAAGGGCGACAGCUACCGGCUGGAAGUCAAAGCGACGGCCACCAAGCGGGAAGGCAAAAGUCGAAUAUCGCUGGAAGCGGACGCCAUCAUCGAUGUAAAGGUGCUUGACACUAACGAUCUCAGCCCGCUGUUCUAUCCUACCGAGUAUUCCGUCACAAUACCAGAGGAUACACCGCUGCACAAAAGUAUUCUCCGGGUGAUUGCUGAGGAUGCUGAUUUAGGACUGAAUGGGGAAAUUUACUACAGCAUACUCGAUGAAACGGAACAAUUUGCGGUUCAUCCCACGACCGGUGUUAUCACACUUACCAGACCGCUAAGAUUCACCGAUCGAUCCUUGCAUGAGCUUACGGUGACGGCUAACGACCGGGGCAUCGGAUCCACCAGCCGGAAUCAGGCCAGCAGGGCAAGGGUAAAAAUAAAAAUACGACAGGUCAAUCUAUUCGCACCGGAUAUUUACGUACAGGCACUGCCGGACAUUUUGGAGGAUUCCAACACGAACAUCUUCGGCAUUGUUCGAGUCGAAGAUAAGGACAAAGGAACCCACGGACAGAUCAGAAGUCUGGACAUAGUGGACGGUGAUCCGGAUGGUCACUUCCGAAUCAAACCCACCGCCCGGCAGGGAGAGUUUGUGAUCGAGGUACAUCGUUUGCUUGAUCGAGAAACCGCUCCUCAAGGGUACAAUCUAACGCUGAGGGCAGCAGAUCGGGGGAUCCCCUCACGGCAGAGCUACAAAGUGAUUCCGGUGCAUCUUGCGGAUAGCAACGACAACGCACCGGUUUUCAACCGGGAGAUUUACGAAGUUUCUGUCCUAGAGACCUCUCCUCCCAACACCCCUGUGAUAAGACUGAAAGUAACCGACCGGGAUGAGGGUAAGAACGCGCAAGUGUUUCUGGAGAUUGUCGGUGGCAACGAGGGAGGUGAGUUUCGAGUCAAUCCAGAAACUGGAAUGUUAUACACCGCAGUUCCACUGGAUGCCGAGCAGAAAGCUUUCUAUACACUGACCGUUUCGGCUAUCGAUCAAGGCAACACUGGAACGCGAAAGCAGUCCUCAGCUAAGGUUAAGAUCAACGUCCAAGACACCAACGAUAAUGAUCCGAUAUUCGAAACCAACAACAUGACAAUAUGGGUCGACGAAAAUGAACCCGCCGGAACGACGGUUACCAAGGUGAUGGCCCGUGAUAAAGACCUGGGAGAGAAUGCAUACAUAUCCUAUAGUAUAGCGAACCUGAACGAUGUCCCGUUCGAUAUCGAUCACUUUUCCGGCAUUGUGCGCACCUCGAAACUGCUGGACUACGAAAGCAUGAGACGAAAGUACAUACUACGAGUACGAGCAUCCGAUUGGGGUCUUCCCUAUCGACGGCAAACCGAGAUGCAGCUGAUCAUAAAGUUGCGCGACGUAAACGACAAUCGACCACAGUUCGAGCGAAUCGACUGUGUGGGACGAAUUCCGAGAUACACUCCAAUCGGGACCGAGAUAUUCACGCUGUCGGCACUGGACUUCGACUACGGUAGCGUAAUUACCUAUCGGAUGGUUUCCGGGAACGAGGAUGGGUGUUUCAAUUUAGACCCCGGAACGGGAAUCAUCUCCGUUGGUUGUGAUUUGAAUGAUGUUGGGGUAGAGUUCCGGGAGGUGAAUGUGACGGCUACGGAUGGAACGCAUUUUGCCGACACGGCAAAAAUACAGAUAAAUUUGAUACGAAACAAGCGGAACUUGGGUGGCAAUCUGAAGGCGGAGGACGGUGCGACGUUUGAUUGUCGAGAAACGGGAGUGAGACAGAGACUGGUUGACAUUCAGGCUUCCGCCGAAAGAAACAACAUGCCCGGUAGGGACGUCAGUAAUGGGGAUGACUUUGCUAUGAUGCCCAGUCGGUAUGGUGAAAACGUUCACGCGCCAGAGUUUGUGGAUCUUCCACUGGAAGUGAAGGUGAACGAAUCGGUUCCACUGGGUACGACAAUUACUUGGAUUAAAGCAAGAGAUCGUGAUCUGGGCUACAAUGGAAAGCUAGUUUUUGGAAUAUCUGGAGGCGAUGAUGAUUCUGUGUUCCGCUUGGAUCCGGAUAAUGGUGAGCUCAAGAUUAUCGGAUAUUUGGAUCGUGAACGCCGCGAUGAAUACCUCUUGAAUAUUACGGUUUAUGAUUUGGGAAAGCCUCAGAAAUCCAUUUCCAAGGUGCUUCCGAUCACGGUGUUGGAUGAGAACGACAACGUACCACGCUUUGAAAAAUCCCUAGCCAGCUUCCGCGUUACUGAAAAUGCUCUGAAUGGCACCAUAAUCUUCCGAGUGAACGCCACCGACGCUGAUCUGGGAAAUAAUGCUAAAAUCACGUACAGUCUGAUCACCGACACCAAAGACUUCCGAGUUGAUCCCGAAACGGGUGUUCUCUCCGUGAUCGCCCCGCUUGACCGCGAACGCCAAGAGAUAUACGAACUGCGAAUCCGUGCAACGGAUGGUGGAGGCGAUCAGAGUACUCCAGCGCUGUAUUCAGAAGCCUUGGUGCGGGUCACUGUGGAUGACAUCAACGAUAACGCACCGGAAUUCAACAUUCAAAACUUAAAUGUAAGGAUUCGAGAAGAUGUGCCCAAGGGCACAGUCGUGACGGUCGUUACCGCGAUCGACUUAGACAGUGGUUCAAGUAGUGAAAUUCAGUACAGUUUUAGUGAGAAUGGUGAUGGUGAAGGUUCGUUCAAAAUUGAUAAGCAGUCCGGAACGAUACGGACGGCAAAAAUGCUUGACUUCGAAGAGCGUCAAAUACACAGUUUAACCGUGAAGGCUAUCGAUCGAGGGAUGCCCUCGUUGUCCUCCGAAACAUCGGUGAUCGUGGAAGUGAUCGAUGUGAAUGAGAAUCGUUACGCGCCACAGUUCGAAGAUUUUGUGCUAACGGGAUCGAUUACGGAGAACAAACCGCCGGGAGCGCACGUCAUGCAAGUGGUUGCCAAAGAUCUGGAUCCACCGGGGCCGGACUCCCGCGUCAGCUACUCGAUUAAAGGUGGCGAUGGGCUGGGGAUUUUCGCCAUCGAUAACGAAGGUGUCAUACGGACGCUGUCCUCGCUGGAUUUGGAAACCAAACCUAGCUACUGGCUGACGGUCUGUGCCCAGGACCAGGCGGUGGUGCCGCUGCAUUCGUGUGUUCAGGUUUUCAUCCAGCUGCAGAACGAGAACGAUAACGUUCCUCUUACGGAGGAAGCCGUUUACUAUCCGUCGGUGCAGGAAAGCAGCCCGAAUGGAGAAAAAGUGCUGCAGCUGAUCGCCGAAGACCGGGAUAUCGACCCGUUGCAGCAGAUUUCCUACCGCAUAAUUUCCGGCAAUCAAGCGGGCUACUUCGCCAUCAACAGCACAAGUGGUUUGAUUACUACUACAGCGCGUAAACUCGACAGGGAGAACCAAUCGGAGCACAUUCUUGAGGUGCUGGUAAUGGAUAAUGGUGCACCGCAGCUUUCGUCCACAACACGAGUCGUCGUGCAGGUGGAGGAUGUAAAUGACCACGCGCCCGAGUUCGAUCAGAAAUUGUACAAGGUUCAGAUUCCGGCCAACGCCAAAAUCGACCAGACACUGUUUCAGAACGAUUAUGCCAGUGGAUACGACCAGCUCGAUCAGGGCCAACCACCGGAAGCCGAUAUUGGCCUGAUGCAAUCCGAUCCGGACGCCGGACUGGAGCAGGCCACCUGGGAAAGCUACCCGGACAAAGAUUUCCGUGGACUGCAGAUGGUUCUAAGGGUCCUGGCCACCGAUAAGGAUAUCGGCGAGAACGGUCGCGUCAGCUAUUCCAUCAAGUCCGGCCGUGGAAAAGCGAAAAAGUUCCGUAUCGAUCCGGACACCGGCAUCAUCUAUGCGGCGAAGUUCUUCGAGGUGGACACCGAGUAUGACCUGCUGGUGCGGGCCGAGGACAACGGAGUGCCGAGAAAAUCCCAGCAGGCUCGGGUCAGCAUCGGCGUCGUCGAUGUGCCAGCCAAGUCCGAUAAUCCACCGGUGCUGAAAACCAUCGACCAGCAGGUGGAGGUAACCGAAAGCGAUACACCUGGCUUCCUGGUGGCACUGAUCCAGGCCAUCGACUACGAUGGCGAGCAGUUGUGGUUCGAUAUAGUCGGCGGUGACGAGCGUAAUGAAUUUUACAUCGGUCGAGAUAAUGGCAACGUUCUGCUGGCGAAACAUUUGGACUGGGAAACCCAAAAGGAGUACAACUUGACGAUAAGCAUCUCCGAUGGGGUACACGUUGUUUACACGCAGCUGUAUGUUUCGGUAAUUGAUAUAAACGAUCACCGACCGGAGUUUACGGAAUCGCUUUACCGCGUCGAUAUCUCCGAGAACAUUGAGGAAGGAACGGAGGUACUGCAGCUGCACGCAACCGAUGCCGACGAGGAUAAGAAACUAUUUUACAGCUUGCAUGCGGCACGUGAUCCGGUUUCACUGAAACUGUUCCGGGUGGAUUCGGUUACCGGUAGCAUUAUUACGGCCCACAAACUGGACCGAGAAGCGCUGGCUGAACAUAUGUUGAUUGUGAUUGUGAAAGACCAAGGUACGCCAGCUAAGCGGAACUAUGCUAAAGUGAUUAUCACUGUUCAUGACCAUAAUGAUCACGCACCGGAGUUUACUAGUAAGAUUAUACAAGGAAAGGUUUACGAAACGGCAGCUCUGGGCACUAAGGUUGUCCAAGUGUACGCCAUUGAUCGGGAUAUUGGGGAGAACGCUAGGAUUUCCUAUUCAAUCGUCAGUGGAAAUAUUGGAAAUGUGUUUAAUAUUGACCCAAAUAUGGGUGUGAUAAGCGUGGCGAAAGAUUUGGACAUUAGUGCCCUGUCAGAGUACAUGCUGCAGGUAAAGGCGACGGACGGGGGAAAGCCCUCGUUAUCGUCACAAAUUCCGGUACACGUGAUGAUCAACAUGGCUGAUAACGCUCCACCAAGGUUUGUGACGGUGGAUGCGGCUGCUGAAAUUUACGAAAAUCUGCCAAUCGGUACCUUCGUGAUUCACAUCGAAGCACGGAGUACCUCUUCGCUGCAGUUCGAAAUUAUGGAUGGCAACGUGAAAGAUAUGUUCUUCAUCAACCCAACGACCGGAGUAAUCACAACCAAAGACAUACUGGACUACGAGAGCAACAAAUUCUACAAUCUCUCUAUCCGUGCCACGAACAUGGCAUCCGCGUUCGCUACUUGUGCCGUAAUUAUCAACGUUCUCGAUCUUAACGAUAACGUUCCCUACUUCGAGCAGCAGGUCUACAAGGGUGAAGUAACUGAGGCCGCCCCGUUAGGCUCACUGGUGCUUACGUUCAACGAAAACGCGCCAACCGCCGGUCAGCUGUUGGUGAACACUUCGCUACCACUGGUCAUCAAAGCUAAAGAUGCAGACUCCGGUCUGAAUGCACUACUGCACUACGACAUCCUGGAGAUGCUGCCAAAGCGAUUCUUCCACAUCGAUUCCAGUACCGGAGCUAUCAAAACGAUCCUGCAGCUAGACCACGAAAAAAUUCCGUUCUUCAGUUUUCACGUCAAGGUAACUGAUCUCGGCAAACCCCGACUCACAUCCGAAACUACCGCUGAGGUGCAAAUCUUCGUAAAUGAUGUCAACGAUUGUGCCCCAGUGUUUACCCAAAAGGAGUAUAACGUGACCCUGUUACUACCGACGUACGAAAACGUAGCUGUUAUUCAGGUGAACGCCACCGAUGAGGACAGUUCGGAGAAUUCCACUUUGCGCUACGAUCUCAUCGAAGGUAAUCGUGACGGCGUGUUCAUGAUCGAUGCUGGUACCGGAAUCAUAACCACUCGCGAUGUGGAAAGUAUCGGGUCGUUCUACAAGCUGGGAGUUCGGGUGUCGGAUGGAAAAUUUUCGAAGGUAGCCUACGUAAACAUCAACGUCGAGACUUCGGAGAACUCGGGGCUGAUUUUCCAGAAAUCGAUCUACGAAGGAUCGAUUCUGGAGAAUAGUACUAAAAUCUCAAUCGUGACGGUGGUCAACGUUUUGGGGUCUAACCUUAACGAGCACAUCGAGUUCAGCAUUCUGAACCCGACAGACAUGUUCAAGAUUGGGUUGACAUCCGGGGCUAUUCAAACAACGGGCAAAAAGUUUGAUCGGGAGGUUCGCGAUAAUUAUGAGCUAAUCGUAGAAGCGCGCUCGCAGCUGCCGGAUAGGGAAAAACCACGCGUUGCACACGUUAUCGUGAAUGUUACGAUUUUAGACAUCAAUGACAAUUGUCCAAUGUUCGUUAACUUGCCGUACUACGCCGUGGUUUCGGUGGACGACCCUCGCGGCUCAGUUAUAACUAAAGUGCACGCGCUUGAUUUAGAUAGCUACGAAAAUGGAGAGGUUCGUUACGAAAUGAAACGAGGUCAUGGUGAGCUGUUUAAAGUAGACCGUAAGACUGGAGAGGUUACGCUCAAGCAAACCCUCGAGGGACAUAACCACGACUACGAGCUGCUGAUUUCAGCCUACGAUGGAGGAAUUACGCCCUGUUCGACGGAUGUUACUGUUCAUGUAAAGGUGAUUGACAAAUCGAUGCCAGUGUUCAGCAAGCAGUUCUACUCGGAUACGGUUGCGGAAAACAUUGAACUACACUCACCGCUCUCGGUUGCGAUUCAGGCGGAAAGCCCACUGGGCCGGAAGCUGAUCUACAGCAUCGUGAAGGGUAACGAGUUGGAGGAGUUCGCCGUUGAUUUCAACACAGCGCCAGACAGUACCAACGGCCCAUGUGCAAUCUAUGUCGUGGAUGAGCUGGACUACGAGCAAAAGCAAAGUUAUGAACUUUUAAUUAGAGCUACGGACAGCGUUUCCGGUGUGUCGGCCGAAGUACCGGUUUCGGUGCUGGUGCAGGACGUCAACGAUUGCCCGCCGGAGAUCGAGCAGGACAGCUACAACAUUAGCGUAUCCGAGCGAGCCCAGUUCGGUACGGCCAUACUGAAGGUACAGGCCAAGGAUAACGACACCGGAAUCAAUCAAGUCAUCACCUACGCGUUACAGACCGACUCGAAAAACACGUCAGAAUACUUCCACAUGGAUCCCGCCGAUGGUGUGAUAUACUUGAAGAAAUCACUGGAUCACGAAACGCUUAGCCAUCAUCACUUCACGGUAAUCGCCAGCGAUAAGGGCGUUCCAAGCUUAAGUUCUACGGCGCACGUCUGGGUUUCCGUAAUGGACAUGAACGACAAUCCACCCAAAUUUGAGCAACCAUCGUACACCUGUGUGCUCUCGCAGCAUGCCACACGCGGUCAGUUCGUGACGGUGGUUUCCGCAUCCGAUCCGGAUUACAUUGACCAUGACCGGCUAACGUACACCAUCGCGCAAGGCAAUGAGCUACAAACUUAUGACAUCAACCCCGUGAGCGGGGUUAUCACUCUGGUUAAUAUGCAAAACUUUGCCGAAAAACAUGUCACCAUCCUGAACGUUUCGGUCACCGAUGGCGUCUACACCAGCUUCACACGGGUUAAGAUCACAAUCUUGCCGGCGAAUCUACACAACCCUAGCUUCGAGCAUCUCUCCUACGAUGUGAAGGUGAACGAGAAUCAGCUGGCGGGUCGACUGGUUACCACGGUCAAAGCCGAAGACAAAGAUUUCGGCGAGUACGGCCGCAUCUCGUACAGCAUUAUUUCGGACGAAAUUCAGGAGUACUUUUCCAUCGACAAGGAAAAGGGCGAAAUAGUGACGAAGAAAAAGCUCGAUCGAGAGGCGCGGAAGUUGUUCGAGGUACCCGUGAUGGCGGUCGAUGCCGGUGGUCGGGCGGGCUUCACGACGGUCCGCGUAGAGAUUGGCGACGAAAAUGAUAAUGCACCAGUAUUUUUGUACCGUGAAUACAAGGCACUCAUUCAAGGCAACUUUUCGGUGAACACAACAUUCUUCCGGGUGAAGGCGAUCGACAUCGAUGAUAACCAGAAUGCGGUUAUCAAGUAUUCCAUUUUUGAUUCCCAGAAUAGUGGAAUCAAGGAUUUGUUCGGAAUAGACGAGAAUACUGGUGGACUCUAUUUGAAGAAAAGCGCUUUACAAUGGGAAAAUCAACUCUUCCAGUUCUUCAUUCGUGCAAACGAUGGAGGUGCACCGUCCUUGAACAGCGAUGUACCAAUCGACAUCUACAUUAUGAGUUCUGCCGAUAACCCACCGGUGUUCGAGAAAAAGGAGAAAUUACUCUUUCUAUCGGAAAGCUCACUUCCUGGCACAGUAAUUACUAGACUUAAACUAUCCGGCAACGUCACGGCCAAGUAUCGAAUUCUCAGCGACGAACUUGAAGAGCCUCAGUUUUCUAUCAACAACUUGGGUGAGCUACGGUUAGCGAAGACCUUAGACCGAGAAACGAAGGACGCUCAUCUGAUAGCGAUCCUCGCCGAAACUGACUCUAGUCCCCCGUUGACGGCAGUGACGGAAGUCGAUUUGCGGGUUCAAGAUGAAAAUGACAACACACCAAUGUUCGAAAGCAAUCCGUAUUCCUUCAUUCUGGCAGAAAACAUCGAAAAAGGAAGCUCUAUCAUGAAGCUAACGGCUCGCGAUGCCGACUCUAAUGGAGAUAUCCGCUAUUCGCUUUCUCCGGACGUUGGUGAUAUUGUUAACAUCUUCGACAUUGAUGCCUAUACCGGAUGGAUAACGACGCUCGUUCCGCUUGACAAGGAGAAGCGCGAAGACUACAAGUUCCAGGUGAUCGCCACUGACAAAGGUCAACCAAAACAUUCCACACGCACAACGGUGAUUAUUCGCCUUAAAGACUACAACGACUGUCCUCCAACGUUCAAAGAAGCACAGUACAAAGCUACCGUCAGCGAAGAUGCACUUCCCGGUACGGUGGUACUACAAAUAGCCACCAAAGACAACGACGUUGAUCUGAAGACCCCUAUAGAAUACUACAUCAUUGCCGGUGAUCCACUAUCACAGUUCCAAAUUAAAAACACCGGCGAAGUUUUCGUCGUGAAAUCAUUGGACCGCGAAAGUAUUUCCCACUACGAGCUCGGUGUCAUAGUAACAGACGGAAAAUACACUUCCACAACGAACAUUUUCAUCACUGUACUGGAUGCCAACGACAACCCUCCUUACUGCUUGAAAUAUCGUUACCGUGAGCAGCUAAGUGAAGGACUUCACCCGGGAUCUGUUGUUCUUCAGAUUCAGGCCAACGACAUUGACGAGCCGGCGAAUAGUAGGCUGCGAUUCUACCUCACCGGAAAUGGCGCCGAAGAAUUUAACCUGGAUAAAGAUACUGGUCAGUUAAAAACUGCUCGACAACUAGAUCGGGAAACCCAAUCCAAGUUCCAUCUGACAGCUCACGUACAGGAUCGCGAUCACCCAGGAUGGGAAUGUUCUUCGCAGAUAGAAAUUACUAUCACCGAUCUGAACGACAACCCACCGGAUUUCUCGAUGAAUCCGUACAGUGUAACUCUUCCCGAAGAUGCCGAAGUGGGUACGCUGGUCACGAAAAUUCAUGCCACUGACGCCGACAUAGGCAUUAAUCGAAAGAUCAAAUAUUCUUUCAUUGAUUCGUACCGUGAUCACUUCCGAAUCGCACCGGACAGUGGCAUAGUAACUCUUGCCAAGCCUCUCGAUCGAGAGGUGAAAGCAGUCUACAAUCUGACGGUUCGUGCCACGGAUCAAGGCACUCCAACGCUUUCGAACUCAGCCUUCCUAAUAGUAAAUGUUCAGGACAUCAACGAUAACCCUCCGGAGUUCACCUCAAAGCACUAUUUUGCUUCCGUUCCGGAAAUCAACUCGAUUGGCUCGGAGAUCUUGAAAGUUUUGGCGACCUCCAAGGACACUGGUAUCAAUGCGGAAAUUUUCUACUCCAUUAUCGGAGGUAACGAGCACCGUAAGUUUGCGAUGAACAACAAAACUGGAAUUCUUUCGCUUGCUGACAGUCUGGAUUACGAGCGUGCCAAGGACUACUUCCUGACGAUCCAAGCCGUGGACGGAGGAACUCCUCCGCUGAGUAACCUCGCAACGGUCAAUAUAUCCGUGACAGACAGCAACGAUAAUCCACCCCAGUUUACGCAAAAUUCGUACACAGCCCGAAUUCGAGAAGAUGCCCAAAAAGGAGACAAGAUUCUUCAGGUUCGAGCAAAUGAUAUGGAUUCAGAGGAAAAUGGCCGCGUUAGUUACAGAAUCGAACGUGGCGAUCGAAUGGGUCAGUUUGCCAUUGAGGAAGACACGGGUUACAUCUCUGUGGCGGGAACUUUGGACAGAGAAUCAAUUUCCAACUACGUUUUGGAUGUACAAGCGAGAGACAAUGGAGUACCGACCCUAACCGCUUACGUGCUGGUGAAUAUUGAAAUUUCGGACGCCAACGAUAAUCCUCCGGUGUUCACCCUGCCAAACUACACAGCUGUGGUUCAGGAAGAUAAACAAAUUGGCUACACCCUGUUGAAAUUUGAGGUUACGGAUGCCGAUGCGGCACCGAACGCAGCUCCCUACACCUUUGAUUUCCGCACCGGUAACGAGGGAGGAGCGUUCCGAAUCGAACAGGAUGGCAUACUUCGAACAGCUUCACGAUUCAAUAGUAAGCUCAAGGAUUCCUAUCAGCUACAGAUUCGUGUUUUUGACAACGGAACUCCUCCGCUCUAUUCGGACACUUGGGUUUCAGUGAAAGUGAUUGAAGAAUCUCAGUAUCCACCGGUCAUCACCCCACUGGACAUCUCGAUAAAUUCCUUCCUGGACGAGUACCCUGGUGGUGUCAUCGGUAAGGUGUUCGCCACCGAUCAAGACCAGUAUGACACCCUGUCGUUCGGAUUGGCCCCCACCGCUGGGGUGCUGUAUUCUCCAACCAAUUUAUUCAACAUAUCACGUAACGAUGGAGUGCUGCACGCUUUCCCUCGUUUGGACGUUGGCGAUUAUCGAGUGAACGUCACCGUAUCCGAUGGAAAAUUCUCCUCGUACACCAUCGUCAAAGUGGCAGUCGAGUUGGUAACUGACGAAAUGCUUGCCAAUUCAAUCGUAAUACGCUUCACGAAAGUAAGCCCAGAGUCGUUCAUACUAAGCCAUCGAAAAGGAUUCAUCCGCUCUGUGCGCAACUCGAUGGGAUGUAAAAUCAAAGAUAUUGUUAUCAUUUCCGUGCAGAAAUCAUCCGACGAUAUCAACUUCAUCCACCAUCGGCUUACGCGGGAGUCCGGUCUUCUGAACGUAACCGAAAGUCCGACUAGUCUUCGAAUUCGUCGAGGAACCAUCCACGAUUUGGAUGUUCUCUUCACUGUACGUAAGGGCCAGUCCGGGUUCUAUUCGGCGUACGAAAUUCGCAAGGCCAUCGAAGACAAUCUGGAGGAGAUCGAGGAUGCCACGAAACUACAGAUUGACGAAGUCGUUAAAUCAAAAUGCCUGCCAAACUUCUGUAUCCAUGGCGAGUGUGAAGAUAAGUUGGUUUUGGACGCGAAACUCGUCAAUCCCAUCUCGACGGAUGUAACCAGUUUUGUGUCCGCACAACAUACACACAAAAUGGAGUGCAGCUGUAAAGAGGGUUAUGGUGGCGAUAAAUGUCAGCAUGCGGUUAAUGAGUGUUCGAAAUCGCCAUGUCCAAACUAUAAAAACUGUGUACCGGAUUCCUCGGAUCAGGGUUACCAUUGCAUCUGCCCGGAAGGAUUUGCCGGGCCAAAGUGCGAUCGCGAUAUUAGCAAGUGCAACGAUGAAACCUGUUACACUCCACGAAAUCCGGUGUCGUUCAGUGGUAAAAGUUACGCACACUACCGAAUUGAGAAGGAGAUUGCUAAGAAAAACCUAGAAGAUCAGCUGAUGUUGAGUUUACGAAUUCGUACCGUGCAGCCGACUGGCAACAUUAUGUACUCCGCUGGGAAAGUGGAUUACAACAUACUGGAGAUUGUCAAUGGGGUUAUUCAGUACCGGUUUGAUUUGGGUUCCGGAGAAGGAAUGGUCAGUGUUACCAGUAUUUUUGUAUCGGAUGGGUUGUGGCACGAGGUUCGGCUAGAGCGGGAAGGAAACAGCGCUCGAGUGAUCGUAGAUAACAAACAUGUAGCGAGUGGAAAUGCUCCUGGAGUCAACGGAGUGCUGAAUCUUCAGUCGGAUGAUAUAUAUUUUGGGGCUGAAGUAAAACAACAUCCUACCGUUCUGGGCUUCGAAGACAUCCAGCGAGGAUAUAUGGGAUGCAUGGAUGAUAUCAAGCUAUCCAAGAUUCCUGUUCCGCUUCACAUGAAUGGGGCCAGUUCGGUGGCAAGUUUGCGACGCUUCGCCAAUGUAGAAUUCAGUUGCGAUGCCGCAUCGAUUCUGGUUUCGCUGGGCGUUUGUGGAACCCAACCUUGUUGGAACGGUGGCACUUGUACCGACAUUGGAGCUGGAAACUUCGAGUGUCUCUGCCAUUCUAGAUUCUCUGGAUUGUACUGCAAGGAAGAUAUGGAUCCCUGUGCGUCAUCACCCUGCUUGUACGGAGGAAAGUGCAACAAAAUGGGAUCCGGAAAUUACACAUGCGAUUGCCCGGCACGGAUGUCCGGAAAGCGGUGUGAUUACGGAAGAUUUUGCACUCCCAAUCCAUGUCGAAACGGUGGAGUUUGCGAGGAGGGAGAUGAAGGACCGCUGUGUAUGUGUCGAGGUUACACGGGAACAACGUGCGAAAUAGAUAUUGAUGAAUGCGAAAAGCAACCGUGCGGUAAUGGCGCAACCUGUAUUAACGAAGCGGGCAGUUUCAGAUGUGUUUGUCCACCGGAAAUGACCGGUGCUAGCUGCGGUGAUCCUCUGACUACGUUCUCUCUGCAGAUCCCAGGACUUGAUGCUGUUACACAAGAACAAUGGAUAAUAGCUAUUACGGCUAUCAUCAUAAUAGUCAUAGUAUCAGUUGUUAUCACGGGCGUUGUCUGCGUGUGUAAGAAGAAAAGAAGAAGACAUCGACACGAGAAGAUUAACAACGAUCCCAAGACGAUGGUGCUGAACUCAGUUUCGGACAAUUCUCAGUACAAGCGUUCAUCAAAGAUGAGUAACCUGGAGAUUAUUCAACGAGACAUGCAACAGCGACCUGUAUCGUACACACCCAGCAGCAACAAUGACCACGCGUACACAUGCAACACAAUGCUGCAGUACAACAAUCUGGACACACUGCGAAGCUAUGGAUCGGCGGGUGAUGAAUUGGAAAACGUGCCUCCCGAGUAUCGAAAAGCCUCAGUGCGACCCACUCAGCAGUUGGUGAAUAUCAACAACGGCAACACCUCGAGUGACACGGAAUCUCUGCUGAAGCAGAAGUGGGCCGAUCAAAUUCAAAUGCAAACCUUCACCGACACCAAGAUCAACAACGAUCUCAAGCGAAUAAGUCCGAUUUCCUCGUUGGACUCCCACCGAUCUGCAUCGUUGAAGCAGCAGCAAUCCGGUGUUUUGCCCGGACGCUUGCUCAAUAUGCCCCACUCGCCAACGCAUCUGCAACCGCAACACUCAGGGUUCGAGGAUUCACCGGGUCUGUCGCACGGGGCCUACCACUGGGACUGCUCCGAUUGGGUUGGACGGGGACACCAUCCGUUGCCAAACAUAACCGAGGUGCCCGGCAGCGAAGUGCCCGAUUCGUCCAGCUUCCACAGCAACGAAAGCAACGAGUCGCACCCGAAGAACACGCUUCUACCUCCAAUUCUUGGACCAGUCGAUCCAGCGCGAGACAUCGAAACGCUGAACGAGGACAAUGAGUCAGAGUUUGUAGAUGACUCCGAGUGCGACCAGAGCGAGCAGCCGCUGUCGUUGGGCUUCGAGCAGAAUACUUCCAUUCCAUGUCUGAAUCCUCUCGAUAGCGGUAGCGAGGAUUACAGAUUCAAUACAGUGCCUUUAAAAGUUAAUACACCUGAUAGUUAUCUACGACACCCGAAUAGCUACUUGCCCAAGUACAACAUCCAAAGCGAGACGGAGGGCGAAAGUGCCCCCCUGACCGGGGGCAGCCGUAAGCCUCUCAAUGGGCUGGACGUCGGUCCUCAUCAGCUGGUCGAGUCCGACGACGAAGACAUCCAGGCGUACGGUUUCCCGCAGAAACGGCGCAAUCGACGUUCCCCCAGUGAUAUCGACUUAGUUCUAAAUAGUGGUGGUGAAGGAAGUUCCCUACUCAGCCAUCCGCAUAAUUUGAACAGCUCCAACCAUUCGAAUAGCGAUCUCUCGACACAUCUCUGCGAAAUCGAUGACUCAGAAUUCGAGCAGGAUCUUCCACAGCAGCAGCAGGAGCAGCAGCCGCACCAACACCAUCAUCACCAUCAUCAUAAACAUCAUCAUCAACAACAACAGCAGCAACAUCAAUCAAACUCCUCGCUAUCAUCGGGGGGUCAAUCGCGACCCCGCCAGAACAAGGUCAAAUGGGCCAAUAUCGUGCAGCAAACCGAGGUCUGACAGCAGCUCGACGGCAACUAUCGAUUAGUGCUAAGCGCCAAGACUAACUCUAGCAUUAGUUCCAUUUUGAUACUGUUUUCUAGGGUAACUUAUUUUAUUUAUUUUACCGUGAACCUUUUGUAAUAGCUACUGUAUGUCGUAGAAGAAUUUGUAUCUAUGUUAAUUUACACACAAAACAUCCCCCCAUAUCCAACUCUCUAGCGUUUAGUUUUGCCAUCGACUUAUUUUAUGUAUGGAAAAAUCACGAAAUCAAAAAAAAGUAGUUCAGUGUUUCGCAUUCAAAUAUAGUUAACUGUUGCGGAGUUAGUUUGUGGAUUUUCUGUUAUUAUUUCCCACAACGUGACAAAAGCUAUAGAUGACAUACAUUGCGAAUGAAUCGUUAUAGAGUAAGUAGAAUAAUUAAUUACAUAGCGAAAGCAUGUAAAGAGUUCUGUAGAGCAAAAAACCGUGCUGAAAUCACGCUAACAUAUUCAAGACGAACAAUUUUGAGAUUAACGAUCACGAACAUUUAGUAACCAUACUGUCAUUGAAGCGGAGAAUGGAAAAUAAAACUCACACUAGCAAGCAUAAAGAAGUUUGUGACAUACAGAUUACAAACUAUUGUAAAACAAUAAGGGAAAAAAUAUUAACAUGGAUGAACCCUAAGGAUCCACGUUUUCUUUGACAUUCGAAAAGUCUAUAGAAUGUAAGAUUUUUUAUCACGCUGCGACACUGUUCGAACGAGAAUACAAUCAUUGACUGAUAAAAUUUGAGAGGAAAGAUAAGAAAGAGAAAACACAACUAUUUUAUAUUGAAUCAAACAAAAUAUCAACACACUCUAGAAGACAGAUUUCAGUUGUAUUUACGAAGAUAACGUGAAACUUAGUUUUUCACCCGUGAACGUGAUGGAGAAACCAUAUUAGUUAUGUUAGAUUAUUGUCCAUAUAUUGUGUCUAAUACUUUCACGGUACUUCUCCGUGGCUCUAUUUUUCCGGCAAGCAUAAUUUUCUAAAACACAAGCAGGAAUUUUUAUGAUCCAGCAAACUGUCUUAUAUUUCAACCUUUCCGUUUGAUCCGUACCUUAAAUCGAACUCUAACAAAGCUCUAUUAAUUCUAUGGUGCUCUACUUAAACACAAAACAAAAUCAUACACUACUUGCUCUUUUUUUACUCUUGUAUAGUAGCAUAAGUUAGUCAUAAGACAUACUCCGCGUACACGCUCUCACACUCACACACACCACGCAUUCACUCAUGAGACUAAACCUACUUGAAUAAUUCCUUUUAUAUUGAACAACCCAUCGCAAAUGUAUUCCGUUUUUUAUUUGGCAGCUGAAACGCAGCAAAUCUUUCCGUUUCUCAACCAGCAGCUAUUCAUUUCCAUACGGUUCAGACCACUUGUACAAUUCUAGGCUAGAAAAAUCAUUGAAAUUAAUUGUCUAACAGGGAUGUUAUCACUAAUUUUGCAUCUGAUAAAAGAGGCAACAAAAAAAACUACACGGCAUUUAGGGACUCAAAAUAUCAAAAUCUAAAUUGUUAGAAGCAAAGAGAAGAAAAUCGACAUUCAGUUAGGAAGCACCGUGGUAGAUUAAGGUAUACAAAGAUAAAGGAAAAUAAAACAAAAGUUUCGUCAUUCCUCACCCCAGGGUUUUUUCGUGGCCAUUUUUCAGCGAUCAUUAUAAACUAAGGUGAGAACUAGCGGACGAUAUCGUGGCAAAAAAAAACGAGAAAGUUUAAAACCACAGACCGAGGAAACGGACGAAGAGUAACAUUGCAUUUACCGAUCACUGUAGUGCAUAUAACAUUUUUGUGUAUUUGUUUAAACAAACUGGAAAAUUAUUUAAAACUGUGAAAAAAUUAAAAAAAAAAACAAUCUUCUAAUAAAAGGACUUUUUCAAA